GCGCUGAAUGCGCUGUAUCACCAUGACGACCCUAAGGUGAAAGAUGAAGCUGAUCGGUGGCUUGAGCAAUGGCAACAGAGCUUGGAGGCAUGGUCUGUGGCGGACGGAGUCCUGCAUGACCCCAACAGCAGUAUGGAGGCGCAAUACUUCUGCGCCCAGACGUUGCGCACGAAGGUGCAGCGCGAUUUCGAGGAGCUCCCGUCGGAUGCAGUGGACAGUCUUCGAGACAGUCUCCUGCAGCUGCUCAUCCGUUUCAGCAAGGGCGCCCCACCCGUGCGCACGCAGCUGUGCCUUGCCCUGGCCGCUCUGGCGGUGCACGUGCCA